AUGAGACUCCCUGUAGAACUUUGGGUUCUGCUCACGCACUUCCUACAUCUCGGCACCUCGCUCCCUCUCGAACGCCGCAGCACACCUUUCCGCUCAUUCCGCGGCCUCACGCCCCUGGUCAACUCCUUUUCCAACGGGCAUACCUACGCGCACGCGCCGACCAAAUACUUUUACGAAUCCACAUUCAACAGCCACUACGAUGGACGUUUCGCAUCCUCCGAGGUGCCCUUCCAAGAACGUAUAUGGCAUCUCAGGCUUAUGUUGAAGGCGUACACGGACACGAUGGAGAGGAUUGGAGUACAAACUUGGAUAAUGCAUGGAUGUCUGCUGGGAUGGUGGUGGGGCAGAAGCUUGAUGCCGUGGGAUAAAGACUUGGAUUUCCUCGUAGAAGAGGACGGCGCACGAGAAUUGGGUACAUGGUGGAACAUGACAAUUCAUCAGUUCAACGCUCGAGAGCUGGGGCUUGAACUUGCACCAGACAACGAGGAGGGUCAGGUCAAGCAGACAGGAAUCCUGCACGGUUUGGAGCACCAGAAUGAAGACGCGGAGACGCGCUCGAAGCGCCUCGCCUGGGAAGAAGACAUUAGGAAAGAGGGCAAGAAAUACCUCCUAGAGGUAAACCCGAACUACACCAACAAAUCUACGUCAGACAUAUACAACCACAUCGACAUACGCUGGAUUGAUGUAAACAACGGGCUGUACAUCGACAUCACGACACUCCACGUCGCACCCGCCUCGGAACAGAAUUCCAUCGCCAACUCUCCCUACUCCAGCACCCACCCUUCAGCCCACGAAUCCGACCCUGACGCCUUCGACGACGAAACAUUACUCUAUGUCAAAGACACCCACGCCUACCUCAACACCCAAAUCUUUCCCCUCCGCCAAUCCACCCUCGAGGGCGUAAACGUGAAAGUCCCAUAUGCGUAUGAGGAACUGCUGCUGGAGGAAUAUGGAUCGGAUGCUCUGACAGAGGAUUGGUACAACGGAUAUCAGUUCAACAAAAAGACAGGGCAGUGGAAGAAGAAAGGGCCGACGGAAGACCAGAAAGCCUAUUUCAGGAGGAAAAGCGGAAAGGACUUGGGGAGAUUGAGCAGUACGGGGAGAAUUGGGCAUGGGUGGAAGGGGCACGGUGCGCUUGAGGGAGCACUGAAGGAGGAGGGUGUACAAUUGGACGUUGAGAGGGGGAGGUGGGUCGAGUAG